AAACUAAACCUUCUCACAGGCUUAUUCAGCUGUAUUCUGAGCUGCUAACAGCAAAGCAGCAACUCGUAGGGCUGUGAACAGCAGCAGUGUUUCUUCUUUUGUGGUCUUAAAUUUGUCCAGGAGUCAUGAGCAGUUGCUCGACCAGUCAGCCUCCUGCUCGCACCGUCGGUUCGGUCAGCAGCCCUCUGCUUUCCUCUGCUUCAGCUCACGUAACCAACAUGUUGGACACGGCUGCAGAGCAAAUGAUGGUCUACAAAGAUUUCCAGGCGGCUUUUGACACAUGUAACAGAGGUCUGGAGAGUGUGGCCAGUAUGGAGCCAGAGGACAACAGACGUGAGGAGCUGAAGGCUGGUUUCUGCAUCUUAGGGAUUCAGGCUCUGGCUGAGCAGAAUCAGUGGCAGGGUGUCCUCUCCUGGGUCCUGCAGCAGUAUGAGCACCAGGAGGAAAUCCCAGCUAGAAUAAUGCAGAUGUGCAUACUUCUUUACUCCAAGGUGUGUGAGCCUGCCGUGAUGCAGGAGGCAGCCAGAGUUUGGCUACACUGUCCGUCCAACAGCGGAGAGGCUGGGUUCGGGGCGGUCGCAGAGCUGUAUCUGCUGCACGUCCUUGUGCCUCUCGGACAUACAGACGAGGCUCGGGAGCUGAUUGUAGGCGAGGUGGGUGGCGCUGCCUUUACAGAAGACCAGAGACAGACGGCGCUGGAUGUUGUAGAAGAAAAAGAGCAACAGAACCAAGAACCACCUUUAAGUCCAACAUCAGACAUCACUGCACAUCCUGUCUCAACUCAAGGUAGCCUAAUUCACAAACUUGAAGCCAUGCUCAAGUUUUUAUACAGGAAAGUCGUGAUGCGUGGCUCUGGUUCAUUCCCCCUCCGGAGAGUCUUUCUGGCUGCUGUCCUCCUCUACAUGCUUCUUUUCCGACUGGAUCCAGCUCUCCCAUCUUCAUUCAUGUGGAUUUCCAAACUCCUUCAGCUUCUCAGACAGAUGUGGACCGCUAUGUUUGCACCGUAUUAUCAGGCUCUCGCUCCGAGCAAAGAACUGUAAAAGACUGAAAAUCACACUGUGUUUAGUGCAGCUUUUUGAUUUAGCUGUGUUUUGCAAGAAAACAUGACUUAGUGCAGUAUUUCUUUAUUAUCAUACCUGUGAAGUUAUAUAAGCAACUUACUCCACACCCAAAGACAUUCUGGGAGUAUUUGCUGUUAUAUUCCCAUUGAUGCAUUCUUAUGGUUGCUGAUCCAGAUUGUUCGUCUUGAAGUAACACCCAACUCAUCCUGAUAUGUUUAUUUAACCAGGAUCACUGCAUCCUGAUCAUGGUAGCAUUAGUAGACGUAACAAAGAGAAGGAAAGUAUGAUCGAGAAAAUAGAUCCAUCAAAUAAUACAUGCAAUAAUAUAUGAACAUUUUACCUUAAUUUUGUGUUUAAUGAAAAGGGAUGAAAAGAAAGCAGGAAAGCUUUGAACUACAGAAUUGAAUGCUG